AUGGCCAAUGAAACAGAAAUAAACACCGAAAAAGUCUGUAAUGUGGAUAAUAGUUUCGAUGAAACUAAUGAUACACUUCCUGAUAACAAAAAGGAACAACAUAAUAUAAGUUCAUAUUCUAAUUCGAAUAUUGAAACUCCCCAACCUCAAGAUAACGAAUAUUCUUAUUAUGCUAAUACUGAAGUAAAUCAGCUUCAAAAUAAUUUUCCAUUCAACUUUGGUUGCACAGGAAGCCUAUUUAAUAGCAAAUCUCAAAAUACAAAAGUGUUUACUCGAAGAGUAGAUAAUAAAAAAAAAAUUAUUAAUAAUAAAUCUAAUUCUCUAAAUAGUUCAUUUUCUCAAAAUUUUAAUCCUUAUAAUGCAUACCCAAAUUAUUCUUUUAUUAGAAAUAAUGCAGAAAACUAUGACUAUGGAAUAACCAUGAAUCAUAAUGGUUUUGACCAAUUAAAUAGAAAAUAUAUGUAUGAUCAACCAAGUAAAUUAACGUAUGGAUAUUUAUCCGAUAGCAUUAAUUAUUCCACUAAUAACCAAUGUAUGAAUCAAAAUAAUGGAUAUAUGAAUAUUCCAUUAUGCUCUAGAGAUUUCAUGUAUAACAAUGAUGCGUGUAAUUUUAUAAAUGGAUUUUACCCUCUAAACCAGGAUGGAUUUAAUGCCAAUUAUGCAAUAACCGAAUCGAUGGAUGUAAAUUGUGAAAAAAUUACGAAGGAUAUUUUAAAAUGUUUUCACAAUAUUAUAAAAUAUAUAUAUAAAGUACUUAAACUAUCUUUUACUAAAAUAAAUAAAGAUUUAAAUAUAAAAGACAUGCAUUUGAGCCCAUCAAUGCCACCUGCUCAUGAAAUGGAUAUGGAUUGUGAUAUUUGUAGAAGUAAAUAUGGACAUAUGGUAUUAAAUUCACAAAACAACGAUUAUCUAAAAAUUUUUGAAGGUGAGGAUGGACCCCAUAAUUUAUUUACACGAAUUUUGGAAAUAAUAAAUAAUUGGCUUGAUGCUAAAGAUUAUAAUGAUGUGGAUUCAUUGAAGGAAAAAAAAGCCGAACAAAUAAUAAAAGCAUAUAGUAAAGAACUCGAGCAAAAUUAUUAUCAAAUUAAUAAUUUCCCUACAACAAAUGAUGGAAAAAUUGAGUUGCCUCAUUUUAAUAAUUAUGGUAGAACUAGUGCCAUGUUUAUAUAA